AUGGGAGGAUGGACCCCCGCGCUCGUGUGCGCCUCCCUGGCGCUGUUCAUCGCCGCGGGCGUGUGCGAGGUGGGCGGGGGUUGGCUCGUGUGGCAGUCCCUGCGAGAGGGCAAGCCGUGGUGGUGGGGUCUGUGCGGAUCCGUGGUGCUGGUGCUUUACGGGUUUAUACCGUGCAUGCAGCCCAUCAGCGACUUUGGCAGGGUGUACGCGGUGUACGGAGGCUUCUUCAUCGCGCUGUCGUACCUGUGGGGGUACGGGCUGGACGGUUUCAAGCCCGACGUCGGCGACGUCGUGGGUAGUGCGGUGUGCCUGAUCGGGGUGCUCAUCGUGAUGCUGUGGCCGAGGGACGGCGGGGGGCUCGAGGCGGAUGGCGACGCGCCGCUGGCCAAAAGUCUCACGCGCCUCGCGACGUGA